AUGAAAUCUAAACAACAACAAGAAGCAACAACUACUGGUGAAAUAAACACUGAAACCAUCAAUUCCAACGACACAAAAAAAGUACCAAUCACUAAUGAAAAAAAAUCAACACCAGUGAUGCAAGAAAAAUGCCAACUACUAGGGAAAGAAACACUAACACCAACAACGCAAGAAAAGACACUAGCCACUAGCGAAAGAAGCUCCAAAAUGGAUGACACCAAUGAUGCGAGAAAAGACACUAACUAUCAGUGA